ACAAAAAAUUGCAGCCUCUCCCAGCCCAUCUCCUCGUAGGUUUGUAGAUGAACAUGGUAAGAGACUAGCUUUUAUAAUUUUAAUGAGAUGAAGAUACAGGAAUUGGAAAUCAUUUGUGCAUUUGAUGUUUGCGGAGACCAGGUUGUUGGGUAUGGUCUAGUAACCUUUGCUGGACUGAUCUUCACUUACUACACUCUGUGGGUCAUUAUACUGCCUUUUGUUGAUGAGAAUCAAGACAUUCACAGAUUUUUCCUGCCAAGAACAUAUGCACUCAGUUUGCCGUUGAUAGCAGGAGUUAUUGCCCUUGUUUGCAUAGGUGCUUUUGUCGUCACUUUGAAGAUGAAGGCCAAAAAGAAGAAAACAGGCUGAAAUAUGAUCAUCAUUGUUUUUUAAAUAAAGAAGAAAAUAUAUACAA